AUGCUAUCCGAAGUUGUUGGUCCAAAUUUUCGACUACCCGAUCUACCUAGAUACGAUGGGACGAAGGACCCGCGCGAUCACAUCACUACGUUCGGAAUGGUAAUGAAUUUAUAUAGGCAAACAGAUUCUAUUAACGCAAGGCUGUUUGUGACUACUUUGACAGGGAAGGCACAAGAAUGGUUCACCGGCUUGCCUAACGGGACCGUUGGAUCAUAUGAGCAAUUGUUACACAGGUUCGCAUACCACUUCGCUAGCAAGCAAAAGUCGAAGAGAUCAGCGAUCCACUUAUUCGCAAUCCGACAGGGAAGAGAGGAAUCUCUUAAAGAUUUUAUGGGGAGAUUCAAUAACGAGACAUUGGAGGUGCAGGAUCUGCGGAUUGAUAUGAUGACGAGUAUAUUAAUACACGGUUUAAAGAAGGGGCCGCUUGCAUCAGCGUUAGCUAGAGAUCCCCCCGGAAAUGUAGAACAAUUGACGCUUUUGGCCCACAAAUAUAUCAACGAGGAGGAGAUGAAUACAAUCAAGGAUAGAGAAUGGGAAGGAGAUCGAGAACGAAGUCGAAAUAGGUGA